AUGCUUUGUGAAGGGAGUAGAUUUAAGGGGAAAAAGGUUGUCAGGAAAGGAAGGCUUGGUGUGCUGCCGCUAUUUCUUCCACCUUCAGUCACUGCCUUUCACAGGGCUUCUGACAGCGCUGUGUUGGGACAGACUGUGGGGAGGUUCACAGACCCUCUGGUCCGUAGGAGCCACUGUGAGGAGGGUCCUGGGAAGCAUUAACCACUUUCAGUGGAAAACAAGUGGUAGUUACUAGUUAUGAUGACUUUGUACUUUGGAUCUGAAUUUGCUGCACUCUUGUUCAUAGUAAGACACCAGUUGCUUAAAAAAUAAUCCAUGAUGAUUGAACUUGGUGUACCCCCAAAAAAAGAAAAAAGAAAAAAAAAAAUAAUCCAUGAAACACUAUGAAGAGGAGUAGUUUAAGAGGUACAGUCUCUUUGAAAAAUAGAUCUAAAUCUUGAACUCAACAUACUAGAUAUAUUUGGAAAUAAACUUAAGGCAUUAACAAAAAAAUGAAAAUUAAACUACUGCACAUAUAUAUAUAUAUGUGUGUGUGUGUGUAUCUUAGUUCCCCGACCAGGGAUUGAACCCGGGCCAGGGCAGUGAAAGUGCCAAC